AUGACGCCGGGGUGUGGACGGAGGCCGCCUUCUCUAGUGAGUCUCUGCGUCCAGAGUGCAAUAGACAACGUCAGGUACAUUGGCGAUGUCGGGGAGACGGAUAUAGACCUGCUGAAGGAAAUCCUGCCGCACUGCACAGUCGACCAAUUGGCGCACAUCGAGAAAUCCACUGAAGUAUGCGCCAAUAUUCUCCCUCCGCUCUAUUUCUCGUCCUCCUCUCUUCCUGUCCUUCUACCGUCUGAAUUCUCUUGCCCCAGCCUAGAAACGAUCCAUGGCGAUAAUUCUUGCUUUGGGAUUCCGUGUUUCAGGACAGAGAUUUGAGUGCCGUGACAGAUGACUUAUGGAGGAUAUUUUAUGAACGAGCUUUCGGAGCCGACAGCGUAAGCAUUGUCGUCAAGAGAAUGAAGCAGAAGAACGUCAACUUCAAGUGGAGCAAGUUAUAUGAGGUAUCAGACCCCGCAUAAGAUUAAGACUUUGCCUCAUAUAUUCUAUACUGUAUUCAUGUCGUCGCCUCCUUUAGUUAUUCCUACCAUAGCUUGGAGCUCAUAGGCCGCGGCCUCAGUGGAUGGUGAGUACUGAACUCGUGCUGUGUAUGCAGGCAAAGUGUAGAGAGAGAGAAGAAGCUGGGAAGAAAAUAGCGGAGCAGCUGAAACAAAGAUACGCCGAAGAGGAGAAAAGUGAGUUUUUCUUUCCCUGAAAUGUGAUUUUGAGAUCAAGAUGCGACUUUACCCUUCGUCUAAGCCCUGUGUAGGCAGCUCUGGGAGAUUAGCUCUGGGAGAUCUUCACGCAAAGAUUGCUUAUAUCUGAAAAACUGAGGAAGUGGGAUCCUUCGAUUUCCGUUAUGGCCCAUUAGGACGACGAUUAUCGGCCAGUUCUUGCAUUCAGUGGUUACCUACUUUGAUUUAAAGCUUGUUUUUGGCAAAUAAUUUCCCUAGGAUUGCUCUUCAUAUCUUAGUUGAUUUCUUGGAGAAACAUAGCGUGCAAGCUGGCAGAAUGCUCUGGAGUUCUUUAUCUCUUCAGCUUUGAUCUUCAUUAUAUUCCGAAGAGUAGUGGCAUGGGGCGUCUCAAUUUGUCACAUAAACCUGGCUGAAGAUGGAUUUAGUUGCAUCGAUCAUCUGACUAAUAGAAUCAUGUUUGUUGUAUAAUCUCGGGAUCAAAGUUUAUUACCAUAAUUUUUAUUAUAAUUAUUUGUCAUCGGCUUCAUCCUCCUCUCAUGACAUGGUAAAUUUUAUAAUCAGAGAAGCAAAGUCGACAGAUCCGAGUGGUCGACAAGAAGCCCCCUACGAGCAACAAGAGGAUGUUCUCCGGAGGUAAUUACCCGAUCCAUGUCCACUUUCGUCGCUUGAUGUGGAAAGAAACCCAUCUUCGGAUCGAUCUCCUGUUCUUGCGCAGGCAAUGGCCCCGGCUACAAUGUCUCCGGCGUCAAGGGGAACCUCAUGAAGAAGGCGAAACUCGAGUAUCUCAAGAGGUGAAUGCUCUCAGGGUUCUUCGACUUACUGAUGCGGCAUCAUUUCCCAAUGAUUUCCUAAUUCAUGUCUCAUGGUUUUCUUCCUCAUGAGCGAGCAGCCAUGAGGCCAGAAUUCACGCCACCAUGAGAAAGAACGCCUCACAGAAGACGACCUUCCCACCGCCAAGGUGCUACUCCAUGAGCGUUGUUGGCUAGAAAUCUGAAGAUUUUCUGGGCUUUUUCAAUGGCGGCCGUGCUCGGCGGGCACUUCCAGUUUUGCUUACUUGGUCUGGUUUUCCUCUGUUCAGUGCUGCGAGGGCAGGGAGUAGCAGCAGCGGCUUCAGUGGAAGGGGCUCGGCUUCCAGCAGUUCUAAGCCUACGAAGCUCCUGGCAAGGGGAUUGUAG